UAAAAAAAGAAAAUUAGAAAACAAAGCAAACAGCGGAGUAGCUCUCUUUCUCUUCCCUAGCUCUCCUCACUGAUGCCUCCUCGACGUUCUAAAAAAUAAAAAAUAAAAAAAUCCCAUUACCUAAGUUUCUCCGAAUUCCUCUCUUUCUGAAUAAAUACUGUGGUAUGGAUCUUGUUAAAUUCAUUUGAGUAUUCCCUACCAACAUGCGCUGCUUGAAUCCCUCAUAGCCUCUCUGCUCUUCCUCUUAACUUAUUCCCUCUACAAUACAUAUACAUAUUUGUUUAUGGCUUUUAGGUGUGCUUCAGGUUCUGCUCCUUUUUCUUACAUCGCUUCUUCACUUUCUUCUCCUUUUCAUUCCCGGCCGAGCUUAUUUAGAAGACCAUAUAAUGAACAGCGAGCAAGGACUGAGCAGCUUAGAAAUGCUAAAGUGCUAAAGUUGAAGGGGUUUCUAAGGAGACAAAAUGUACUUUUUGCUACUUUCAAAGACCAAUCUCAAUACAUUGAGAUCAAACCUGAUGAUUCAGAACUGUUAACUGACCAUCCUGGUCCUGAAGAUAUCUCUCCAGUUGGCUUAUCAUCUAUUGGUUUUGAGGGAACUGAUGGAAGAUCAGGUUUUAUUUCAUUUUACAAUCGCACAUACAAAAGAGACGAUGCAGUCGUUUCUAAUGUGCAUAGGAAUCAGAGCAGCUUACUAUGGUUUGUUGGUCCUGCUGUCCUUGUGGCCUCUUUCAUUUUCCCCUCACUUUAUUUACGUAGAAUGCUUUCAACCAUAUUUGAGGACUCCUUACUAACAGAUUUUCUCAUAUUGUUCUUCACAGAAGCACUUUUCUAUUGUGGUGUUGCCAUAUUUCUUCUGCUAAUUGAUCGUCUAAGGAGGCCUAUUGGACUAGAUUCUGCAACAGAAACCUUGCCUUCUCACUUGGGUCAACGGAUCUCUUCUGUUGCUACCCUUGUACUUAGUCUUAUAAUUCCCAUGGUAACAAUGGGUUUAGUCUGGCCCUGGACUGGUCCUGCAGCAUCUGCUACUCUGGCUCCUUACCUGGUUGGUAUAGUUGUCCAGUUUGCCUUCGAACAGUAUGCGAGAUAUCUGACGUCACCUUCAUGGCCUGUCAUCCCAAUAAUCUUUCAAGUUUACAGAUUGCAUCAAUUGAAUAGAGCUGCACAAUUAGUAACAGCCCUGUCAUUCACAGUGAAAGGUGCUGAAAUGACUACACACAACUUGGCAAUAAACAGCUCUUUGGGAACACUUUUAAAUGUCCUACAGUGCCUUGGGGUUAUCUGCAUUUGGUCACUCUCAAGUUUCCUCAUGAGGUUCUACCCUUCCACCACCAGGAUUACAUAGCGGGGAAUGAACUUCAUGCUAAGGUUGGUAAAAUUAUAGUUACACAUUAAUGUCUAGAAGACUGCAUUCGAUCUUACUUCAUGUAAUUAAAUAUAUUGGACCUGGCAUAUGUUGUUCGGUUAUGCUCUGCUGUGAAAUUUGGGACAGCAAGAAUUUUGAAAUCAUCCUACUUGAAGUCUAUUAAAAUGGUUGCUACAGUAUCUUGGAACACAGGUUCUCCAUGCUGAAGAGAGCACAAGCAGUCAACAAUUCUAUGCUGCUAUGUUCACAGUUGCAUUUGCCAGGACCCAAUCUGACCUUACAGUCAAAACAGUGGACAGCAUUUGAUUUUUAACUCAUUUAUGAACAUUAAAUCUCAGCUCUGUAUACUUAUAUUUCACUCUCAUAGAUGGUGAUAUAUGGCAAUUGAACUUUGAAUGUCAUAUAGCGUUAUCAAAAAAGGGGUACACUGCUAAUUUUGUUUUAAUUGGGAGUUUUGUUUACAAAAAACAUCUAUGAAAUUUGUUCUGUAGAAAUCUCAGUAGGAUGUACUGUUUUUUCAC